AUGUCGUCCGCCAGGGGGUUGUCCGCCUGCAAGGAUUGCAGUGGAUUGGUGCAGCCGGUGCCGCUCACUGCGCAGACCCUGCAAUCUGACGUGGAGCGCGGACGCGUCUACGGGGGUCCCGGCGCGGACGGCGGCGCUCUGCACAAGCAGUAUCCUGACCACUUGGGCGGCUACGCCGCCGCGCAGGCCACGCAGGGCGCUCCCACGGUGCUGGAGGGCACGCCGCAGUUUGGCGGCCAAAACUAUGGCAGCGCGCACGCCACGCAGCAGUGGGGCGUCAGGGAGGUGCCGACGCCGCGGCAGUUGGUCGCGCAGCUCGACCAGUGGGUCGUGGGCCAGGCAGCUGCCAAGAAGACGCUGGCCGUCGCUGUGUACAACCACUUCAAGCGGCUGCAGAACAAGCGGCAGCACGCGCCGCGUGCCGCGCCCGCGGGGGCCGGCCCGUCGGGGGCGCCGCCGAGCCUGCUGGAGUCCCCCCUGGGCCGGCUGAGCCUGCUGGACGGCGCCUUCGUGGAGCGCAGCGCCAUCCCCGGCCACCCCCUCACGCACCCCGCCGCGGGCGCGUUCACCGGCAUCGCGGCCGCGGCGGCGGCCGCGGCGCAGCGGCAGCAGCAGCUGCAACAGGAGGCGGCGGCGGGCAAGGGCCAUGCGGGCGCUGGCGGCGGGCCGGCUGGGUCUGCGGGUGGGGGUGGGGGAGCAGCGGCGGCUGAUGAGUUUCAAGAGGUGGAGAAGAGCAACAUGGUCAUGCUGGGUCCAACCGGCUGCGGCAAGACGCUGCUGGCGAAGACCCUGGCGCGGCUGGUGAACGUGCCGUUCGCAAUGGCGGACGCCACGACCCUCACACAGGCGGGCUAUGUGGGGGACGACGUAGAAUCCAUCCUCUAUAAGCUGCUGCAG